AUGCGUGACUACUUUGUUGAAAACCCAAAGUUUGGCCCGGUUUGGUUUCGUGAAAGAUUUCGAAUGAGUCAAAGGUUGUUUUUGAAGAUUGUUGUUGAUAUUGAGCAACGGUUCGUUUACUUUCAACAACGUAUAGAUCGGUCGGGGAGAAAGAGUUUAGCUGCCAUACAAAAAUGCACAUCCGCGGUGGAACAGCUCGGAACGGGCAACCCUCCAGAUAACUUUGAUAACUACUUGUGUAUGGCAGCAAGAACUUCUCGCGAAAGUCUUGAUCAUUUUUCCAGUGCAGUCAUCGAGUUAUAUCGUGACGAGUACUUACGUAGGCCGACUAGUCAUGAUGUUGCCCGGUUGUACAAAGCGCAUGAAUGGAGACACAAGAUUCCAGGAAUGCUAGGAAGUCUUGAUUGUACGCAUUUUGUUUGGAGAAAUUGUCCCAAAGCGUUGAAGGGACAAUACAAGAGAGGUGAUCAUCCAUACCCAACAGUUACGCUUGAAGCCGUUGCUUCACAAGACUUGUGGAUUUGGCAUGCUUUUUUUGGUCCUCCAGGUUCACUCAACGAUAUCAAUGUCUUGAUGCAAUCGACUUUGUAUAUGAGGGAGCGAAAUUCGACGGCUCCUGACUCGUCUUUUACCGUAAACGACCGUCGUUAUAAACGGGGAUACUAUCUUACCGAUGGAAUCUAUCCUAGGUGGGCGACUCAUGUCAAGGCAAUGCCAUAUCCGACUGAAACAAAUGACAAGAAGUUCAAGAAAGUUCAAGAAUCGGCAAGAAAGGAUGUGGAGCGAGCGUUUGGUGUUUUGAAAGGAAAAUAG